AAGUCCCCCUCCACAGAAGAGGACUUUGGGAGCCAUUGACUGCAGCCAGAAGGUCAAGUAUAAUCCAUUUUUUCGUCCUGCUUCUUCAUUUCAUACUGGGGCCUUUCCGCAUUGAAAAUCUGCAGGACUGUCCGGCGUCAUCAACUUCGCGACUCCCUCGUCCAAGCCAAACCCUCCGCCUCGCAGUCUCGGAUCCCUCCUACAGCCUCAGGCCAGUUACAACGAUGGGUUCAACAGGCAAAGACAUGAAGGUGGAGGCCGUCUUCCCCGGUACUACGUCGAUGUUUAUGAAGUUCCCGAGCAGAAGGAGCGUGGUCCAUAGCACACAGGGUAUGGUCGCAUGCACGCAGCCUUUGGCCGCCGAGGCAGGGCAAAGGAUCUUGAAGAUGGGAGGGAACGCCGCUGAUGCUGCUGUCGCAGUCGGUAUGUCGAGAACCUUUGUUGUCCUGCUCGGAUUUUCCUCUCUGACGCCCCACCAGCUGCUGCGUUGAACAUGACUGAGCCCAGCUCGACUGGGAUCGGGGGAGACAUGUUCUGUCUCUUCUUCGAUGCGAAGACAAAGAAGGUCCAUGCGCUCAACGGCUCGGGGCGUAGCGCGAAGAACACCACGCUGGAACAAGUGAGGAAAGAGCUGGGCCUGUCCUCGUCACAGAACGGCAAGAUUCCCGUCCAGAGUGCGCUGUCCGUGACGGUUCCUGGCGCGCCUGGGGGAUGGGUGGACGCCGUCGAGAAAUUCGGGAGCGGGAAAUUGAGCUUGGAGCAGAUCCUCACGCCGGCAAUUGAACUGGGCGAGAACGGGUUCCCCGUCAGCGAGCUCUCUGCAAUGUGGUGGCACGAAGGUGAACAAGGCCUCCGAAAUGCCUCACCCAAUUUCCGUGAAAUGCUCAAAAGAGACAAACACUCGGAAGAUUUCGUUCGGGCUCCUCGGGCUGGUGAGAUCAUGAAGAAUCCAUGUCUGGCAAGGACAUUUAGAACAUUGGCGGCAGAAGGGAAGAAGGGAUUCUACACGGGGAGGAUCGCCCAAGCCAUCGUCGACGUCCUCAAACUUAGAGAUGGGCAUAUGGAACUUUCGGACCUGGAGGACCAUCUGAACCGGGGCGCCCAGGAGACUGAACCUAUCUCAUUGAGAUUCAGCGCUCAGAACGUCAAGAAGAUGGGGGCUCAGCGAGUGACGAACGGGUCACCAGACGAUCACUUUGUCGAACUGUGGGAGCAUCCGCCCAAUGGGCAGGGGAUAGUUGCUCUCAUGGCCCUCGGCAUCGUGGAAGAGCUCGAGCGGACGAAGCAGAUCCCCACAUUUGCCCAGGAGGACCACAACAGUGCUGCACACUUGCAUGCCGUGAUCGAGGCGCUUCGGAUAGCUUUUGCGGACGCCAGCUGGUGGGUGACGGAUCCAGACUUUAUGCCGGUCAAGCCAGCAGACAUGAUCUCACGGCCAUAUUUGGCAGAACGGGCCAAGCUGUUCAACAAGGAAAAGGCUGGCGUUUACAGCAAUGGCCAGCCAGGACCCAGCCCAGCUCAGAAUCAUAGCGACACCGUAUACUUCGCCGUGGCCGACAAGGAGGGCAACGGCAUGAGCUUCAUCAAUUCCAUUUACGAAGGGUUCGGAUCUUUCAUCAUCCCUCAAGGCUGCGGGUUUAACCUACAAAACCGAGGGUCGAACUUCGAACUGGGACCGCCCGAUCAUCCAAACAUCUAUCAGGGGGGGAAGAGACCUUACCACACGAUUAUCCCGGGAAUGAUCACCCACGGCACAGAAGGGGAGCGGGAACUGCACUCCGUGUACGGAGUGAUGGGCGGUUUCAUGCAGCCGCAGGGUCACCUCCAAGUGCUGCUCAACAUGGAGGUCUUUGGCAUGAACCCGCAACAAGCCUUGGACGCCCCCAGAAUAUGCAUUGGCGCGGGCAUGCCUGACCAAACUGAUCCGACCGCGGGAACUGUUUAUCUGGAAGAAGGCAUCGAUGAGGCAGUGGUCAAGGCACUGAAGCAGAUGGGCCACGAUGUCGAGGUUCUCCAGGGAUUCAGCCGAGCCAGAUUCGGUCGAGGGCAGAUUAUUCGGAGACAUGUUGACGAGGACACUGGCCUGGUGGUGUACAGCGCCGGGAGUGACAUGCGAGGUGAUGGGUGUGCUUUGCCAGGGUAGAAGAUGAUAUUGAAUACCUACAAGUAGGCUACCAAAGGCUAUCCAAUACCUCUGUACCUGCGUCGGUGGUGUGCUUUUCAGCCAGCCACACAGUCAGCCUCACUCUUUGCCGAGCAGCCACCCGGGGGAUCGGGGGGACGAUCUUGCCUACCUAGUUGACUUAGUUAGGCUUGAGCCUUGCGCCAGCGGGCUUGGGAGCGACGGCUUCCCGAAUACGAGCCUUGCUUGACCCUGCUC